AUGGUCGACGACUCGCCCGGGCCACCGCUCUUGAACCUAAAGUUGAACGGCACCUUCAGAACUGAAAUCAUCGUCGGCUCUCUCCGUGUAUCUUCUUUCUUUUCCGUGGAAGAUGGGAGCGGGAGGACGACAGACCGUGGCCGACAUAUCAAACUUCGAGGAACAAUAUUUCGAUACUCGCUCCAGGGCGUUCGGAAACGGAGCACGGAGCAUGACGUCGACUCGGAUGGGGGUGAUGGGCAAGGUUUCGCUAUGAGACCCCAAGAGAAUAGAAACGGAAAGAGGGUAGUUCGUACGAACGCCCUGAUCACACCGACUGCCAGCCUCAUCGCCUCUAUUCAGCCUGUCUUUCUCUCCUCUCUCCGUGUCUCAGUCGUCCGGUCUAUUUCGCCUUCCCCUCCCUUCCCCGCUUCAUCACAACUCGAAUGGGUCGAGUCCACCACCACCACCACCACGACCGCGAGCACGGCUGCCAGCACCAGCACCGUCGGCAACGCCAGCAUGACCGCCAACACUAACGCCCACGCCAGCCUAAUGCCUCUAUCCCGGCCGCACGGCGCACGGCUCAGGCUCCGAACUACAGCACACAUUCCUGAGUCCUGGGUCCUUCGUCCUACUCCCAAAGGGCAUUUAGAUGACGCUCCUGACUCGGAGUCCUGGCAGAUGAGCACUUGGCUGUGCGGAAUGACAAUAGGGACUAGGAUCACGCCCCAGCUGGGUGCUGAAGAUGCGAGGAUGUCAAGUUUGAACGAUCUGAGGCGCAUACACUCACUCAGCUCAGAGGGUUUGGGAUUUUCGCAUUCGGACCAGCUUCAGAUGGCGACUACGGUCAUGGAUUCGCCCCCUCAUCUGUCGCAGGAAAUCCUCGACCUCAUCGUCGAUGAGCUGAGCUCGGGCGUCAAGAGAUACGAUCGCGAUCCUGUCUCUCGCUCUACGCUAACCUCAUGUGCCCUCGUCUCCAAGUUGAUGAGCGCCCGCGCACGGGGGCAUCUCUUCUCAACAAUCUCUCUCUGGUGGGGGGUGCUUGCUUCCACCGCCAAAGCUCGUCGCGCCCGUAUCCGUGCCCUCAAACACAUCAUGGAGGCCGACCCUCAGUUCGUUACCUUCGUCCGGACCUUGGAGCUUUCCCUUGACGAUGACGUGUGGGGUACAGAUGCCUUUCCCGGUGUGCUUACGAUGCUGUUUAGCACACCGUCGUCGGGUCUGCAUUCCUUACACUUGAUACUGUCGCAGGUCUCAUCAGGGCCGCGCUUGCAGUGGUUGGACGUCGAAGGAGCAGGGAGGAAAGCGUUCAUCAAUCUGUGCCUCUCGGGGUGCUUGACCGAACUCGUCGUAGACGGACCGAUGAGGGACCCAAUCCUCCUCUUCGCUAAGAUCCCGAAAGGCUUAGUGAGUAUGGAACUGUCCAAAGUGUCGUUCCCACCUGUAGUGCCGGAGUCGGGGACAGGGCUGGAUGUGGGAGACGGCGAGGGCGCAAAGCUGGAGAAGCUGAGGGUGGAUGACGUGUCCGCUAUCGCGCUGUUCGCCGACUUGGAAGCAGGGUCUGCACUCGCAACGCAGAUCUUCGCUAUGAUCCAAGGCCUGAAGACGCUCGAGCUGGGAAGGGAGAGUGUGUGGCAGGGUGUGAGGCACUUUGCCUUCGCCCCUGUGCUACAGCAUUGUAAAAGAUCGCUACAGAGGCUUGUCUGGUCAAUCGAGCCCUCCCAAGACCACAUCAGUGUCCUGCUCUCGCGCAUCCCCUUAUCCUCCUUCACCGCCCUCCGGUUCCUCACAUUUCUAAUGUGCACUAAGGAUGGAAUUGGUCCCGACGUCAACACUUGCCAUAUCUUCUCGGCCAUCCAAGAAAGCACAAUGCCCUCUCUGGAGGACAUCACCUUCUUCAUUACACUUUUCGUUCCCAUAUCUAUGCCCAGGAAUGGUAUCAUAGACGAACUGACGGACCCCUCUACGGGCUGGGACUGGGGGGCGCUGGACGUAGCCCUAGCGAGUGCGACGCGUUAUCCCUCGUUAGCGAUGGUGGAAAUCAUUUUUGCGAACGUUGGACCAAGGAUGAGCGGUCUGCUUACGAAGGGGGCGUCUCCGCAGGAAAAGGCGAGACUACACCUUCAGGCGGUCUUCCCUUCUUUUCUUGCACGGGGUGGGGACUUGAAGAUAUCACUUGUGGGGGUUUCAUUUUAUGAAAGGCAUACUUAG